AUGUGGUUAUGGUUGCUGCUUGACAAACUUCGCACUCACUUAAUUAGUUCACAAGCAACUUCUAAUGAGGGAGAGACCCAACGGCAAUUAAAAUCUGAAGAGAAUCGUUGGACUUGGAUUACUACAUCACCUGAAACGUUGGCUGAGGCUGAAAGCAAACUGUUAUCGAUUGUAAAGGCCAAUAUAACUUCCAGAUACACGGAAGUGAACCGGUUGAAUAAUGACCAAAGUGGAAGAAUUCAUUCAAUAACCGUGAAGAUGUCGGAUGCCUCUGAUAAUAAAAUACCUGUAGUUUUUCUGCAUGGGUUUGCCUGUGGCCUUGCCUUGUGGGCAAACAAUAUUGACUGCGUUGCCAAAACUCAUACCGUUCAUGCACUGGAUCUUCUAGGAUUCGGGCGCUCGUCACGGCCGAAUUUUCACACGAGAGCCUCAAUAUGUGAGGCGGAAAUGUGUGAUGCUAUAGACGAUUGGCGAAAGGAGAUGAAUAUUGAUCGGAUGAUACUGGUUGGACAUUCGUUCGGUGGUUUCAUUGCUUGUGCAUACGCGCUAACAUUUCCGGAACACUUAAGACACUUGGUCUUACUAGAUCCUUGGGGGUUUUCUGCAAAACCGCUUGAAGAGCCACCACAUUCGUUCGGUUUAAGUGCGAAGACAAUUGCUUGGAUUAAAACCAUGGCCUCAGCUAUUGGUGCCGCAAAUCCUUUGGCCGUUGUUCGCUGUGCUGGUCCAUAUGGGAUCGAAGUUCUUCGCAAACUUUAUCCUAAUCUCGGCCCACGAUUUUUAAAAGAAAAUCCCAAUGCAUUUUACGAGUACUUGUACCACUGUAACGUACAAAAUCCGACGGGUGAAGUCGCGUAUACAACUAUGAGUUAUUCCUUUGGUUGGGCUAAACAUCCAAUGUUAGAAAGGAUAUUUGACCUGCCCUCUUACGUUCCAGUAACAUUUUUCUACGGGAGUAAAAGCUGUAUUGAUUCCGCUGCUGGUCUUGAAGUUCAAAUGCAGAGGCCUGAAGGUUAUGUGGACGUACAGGUAGUACGUGGUGCAGGCCAUUAUUUACAUAUCGAUGCAACGGAUGCCUUUAAUAGUGCCUUCACGAAAUUGUUGGAAGCAGUUGACGCUGAGGAGGAUAUCUUGGAAUAUGAUUCGGAAUAA